AUGUCGUUUCCACCAGCGUCUACCGUCAAUCAACAACGGCCCACGAUGACAACAAACAAUGUCCAUCCACAACGACAACGACAACGACGUGAAGAUACCAUGUCACUAGAUCACCGCCCCGGUGCCAACACCGCCACGGACGAAGGAGCCGGGAAACCUCACGAGAACAAAGAUGACGACAACGGCGACAACCUUUUCCCCGACAGUCAUGAUUUGCUCUUCAUUGGCCAUAUGCUAGCCGGGUUCAAUGAGUGGCAACUAUUCGACACCGACACCGACAUCGACGCAGACACCGGCACGGACAUGACAAACUCAAUGACAUCGACAACAACAACAACAACAACAACAACAACAACAACAACAACAACAACAACAACAACAACGACCACGAGACGAGUCCGAGCGCCACUUGACGUCGCCAUGAGCCACCUUACCCUUCGAGACUCGGAUACGAUGACAACGACACCACCCGAGGCAACAACGCCUGUGGUGCCCGGAUCGGCAACGAUACAAGCCCGGCGACCACCGCUUGACGCACACACCAGAACCAUCCACAUCGUCGACGUCGACGUCGACGACGGCAUCGACGACGACGACAAGAGCGACAGCAACAAGUCGCCAACCAUCACCAUCAUCAUGCGCAUCGACCUUGACAACACCACCCGUCCGAACGACUCCCCAGAUGAUUUGUGA